CCGAUUAGCUAACUACCUACCAAGCCACUGUUAUUGAAGCCAUCGACAUGACGAGUGCUGUUUCUCUCUUCUGUGCGCUCACCUUGUGCAGCCAAGUCCAUUCAUUGUCGCCAACGUCAGAAAUACCAAUAACUGAAGUGGAUACCUUACCAACUGCAUCUGCACCUCCAAGUUCAAAUCAAACUGUUAUACGUCUGCGAGAUGGAACGACAGAAGCAAACGGGCGAGUUGAAGUCUACAUCAAUGGAAGGUGGGGCACCGUCUGUGACGACAAAUGGGACAUGCUCGAUGCAGCAGUCGUGUGUCGCCAGCUCGGCUUUGCUACAGCAGUGAUGGCAGUCUCGAGCGGCCAAUAUGGUUCGGUCGACAACGACGUUCCGAUUUUGAUGGACAACGUCGCCUGUAACGGACACGAAGACACAAUACAGGAGUGCACACACGUGACAGAAAGUGAUGCAAACUGUGCACACAGUGAAGACGCUGGAGUCGUUUGCUAUCCUUCGACAAACGUGACCGUCAACGUGACGAUCAGAUUGCGAGGAGGAACGUUUGAGAACGCCGGACGCGUGGAAGUUUUCCACGGUGGGAUGUGGGGCACUGUCUGCGACGACGGUUGGGAUAUUGCGGAUGCUAGGGUGGUGUGUCGUCAGCUCGGGUUUCCUGACGCAAUCCUCAGUUCAACAGGAAGCUCUUUUGGAGAAGGAAACGGCAGCAUAUGGAUGGACAAUGUUGAGUGUUCAGGAGAUGAAGCCAGGCUUGAAGACUGCAUUUUCUCAGGAUGGGGAGUCAAUAAUUGCGGUCAUACGGAAGAUGCAGGAGUUAUUUGCAGAACUAUGGCCAAUGACACUUUGUCUAACGUGACGGUACGUCUUGUCGACGGUUCAUCCAACACAAACGGUAGAAUAGAAAUCCAGAGAAGCGGUGUGUAUGGCACAAUGUGCGACGACAACUGGGACAUCAACGCAGCAACCGUCGUUUGUCGUCAACUCGGCUUCGCUGACGCACUCGUUCCCAUCGGAAAGGCAUUCUUUGGCCAGGGACGCGGUCCUGUGUGGCUGGACAACGUCGUUUGCACUGGACAAGAAACCAGUAUAGACAAAUGCAAGCACAGCGGCUGGGGUGUACACAACUGUGGUCACUCAGAAGACGCAGGCGUCUUCUGCUCGGAUGUACCGGUAAAGGAUAUAAUAGAACCAAAACUAACGAUUCGUCUUGUUGGAGGGAAUGAUUCCCACUCGGGCCGUUUGGAAGUGUGGAGACGUGGUAUCUGGGGAACUGUGUGUAACGACAACUGGGAUUUCCUAGACGCAAUGGUGGCAUGCCGUCAAUUGGGAUUUCCUUCUGCACAAGACACCUUAGAUGUUUCCCCAGGUGAAGGCCUCAUCUGGAUGGAUGACUUAACAUGCACUGGCAAAGAACAAAGACUUGAAGAUUGUCGCUUUGCCGGUUGGGGUUCACACAAUUGCCGACAUGAAGAAGACACAGGAGUUACAUGUGAGCCGAAUGGUCGUCCUACAAUUUCAUCUGUCAAAGUAGAAGGACCAUAUAGUGUCUCACUGCAGUGGAUUCCACCUCUACUCAAAUCCAGUGUAAUCUAUCACUACAUCAUCUACUAUGUGGAAACUUCACAGGCUAACAGAUUGGACAUCGUCCGACCUUUAGUGGAGACACCUGACAAUAGAACGUCCAUACGUCUUAAGAACCUGAAAGCAAACACAGCAUACACAUUCCAGAUCAAAGCAUUCAUAGAGAGAUGGUACGGACAGUAUUCCCGUCCAUUGCAAGCAACAACAGAAGACGAUGAUACAGGUUCCACUAUAGAAGUUGCCAUUGAUUAUUACAACACCACAGCUACAUCCAUAUUCCUCAGCUGGAAGCCUCUCACCAACGACCGACUAAUGUUCUCGUAUUAUAAGAUUUUCCUAAAAGCCGACAAGAAAUACAUAGACAAAGACGGCGUAAGCAUAAAAACAGAAAAGCUCUCAACCACAAGGAAAGUCAACGCCAACAUCUUGCUGACCAACAUAACAGACCUUGUCCCCAACACCAAAUAUCUCCUCCAAAUACGUACCGUAUCAACAUCCAACAGCAAAACAAGCAACCCGGUGUUGAUAACCACCAAUGCAGGAGCUCCCAACUCGGUUACUCCUCCUCUAGUGCCCGGAGGAGGAAAACUGGGUACUGCAUUGUCACCCACGUACUCGUUUCCAGUGACACUCAUAAAACCGUCGUCACGAAACGGCCCAAUCAGUCAUUACCAAGUUAUUGUGAUGCGUGUGCGUGUAACCGAUGGCAUGCCAGAAGGCUCACCCGAUGACAUACAACGAGACGAACUUGUAACAUACAAUGAAACCAAUAAUGCUCGAGCGUUUACGGCAUACAUUGCGACCGAGUUUGCCGCCGACAUGUGGCCAGAAAACAAUCGAUUUUACAUCGGGAAGGACGGACAGCCGAACGACAGACCACAGCAAUACCUAAACGGGCCGUUGAACGAUAACAGUUUCUACACAAUUUCUCUGCGUGUCUUUGCAGACACGAGAGGCAUUUGUUCUAAUACUCGAACUAAUACGACCUACAAGUCGAGUCAAUGGACACAUCCUGUGAAGACGUCACAAGUGAUUGGGACUCCUCAAAGAAAAGUCAGUAAUAAUUCGUGGUCACCAGGAGAAAUUGUUGGGAUCGUAAUAGUUUGCCUUGUGAUCAUCGCCAUUUUCAUCACAGUCAUAAUUUUCACUUACAGAAAACAAAAGAACAAGAAACAAAAGGAGACAAAUGCCUCGUCAACACCAUCAUUUAACCACCAACUGGUGACAGCCGGACAAAAGCAUCUGGAAGUGUCUGCAAUGGCAUUGCAAAAACUUUCAAAUGAUGAUCUCGCUAACGACCUGAUGAUAACGGAUUGUAAAAUGGCGCUGCCGUCAGCAUGUAACAAUGAGCACUAGAGACACACACAGACGAUGCAUCGCCGAGACAAAGAUUGCCCACAUCGUCACCAUCUAGUCAGAGACAACUUGUGAUUUUCUAUCUGUCUAGACAAAAAUUUCUUGUAGCGCUUUGUGUUAAUUAAUUCUACUGAUUAGGAUUGGCCA